ACGCAGUAAUGCCUGGUCCUAUGUGGAUAAUGAUUGAUUGACUUUCGCAGAUUCCUAGCACUUCCAUGCCAUACCUUCUCAUCUCUUUUGCAAUCAGGGCAGCCUUGCCAGCAUGCUUCAGACGUUGUUUGGAUAUUCCAUGUCCCGCAGCUUGUUUUUACUUUCAUCGAGAGGAGAUACAUCGGUCAAUUGGCUUCUCGAAGGCUUUAACCAACUGGCGUCAAUUCGUCUCUCCGAUUCCAAUUACCAUGGUUCUGUGACAUGUCGGUUGCGUCGACAUAGUCUACCGUCAAGUUUUCUACGUGAUAAUACGGAUCCGAGAGUGGAAAGUAAUAUAAUGUUAAUACCGACUGUGAAUCAAAAUUCUACUGAUGUCCAUUCCAAUAAAAAUGAUAUGCUAGAUGUAUUGUCUGUUGAUAGUACACAAACGGAUUCAUCUGUUGUUAGACUAGAUGACUCCAUAGAAUCAUCCAGUCAAAGAAAACCUACUCCUCACACUGAUGCUAAUCAAUUUAUUGUGAAUACUCAGAAUUCAAAUGAUCUCUGUCCUAAAACAGCACGUUGUUUAUCACCUCAAAGUGACAACAAUGGUGGUAGUCAUAAUAACACAGACUUUACAUUACAUGAUUCUGACUUGAAUUGUCUCAAGGAAGUACAUCUUUGGUUAACGAAUCCUGAUCGUUCAAUUAUUGCUAAUAAUGUUAUCACUCGAUUGAAUACCCUAUCAACUAAAUCGUCAGUAAAUUUGUCAAAUUGUCAGUCUACAUAUAAACAACAACUAUCACAUGCAAUAAAUCCUUAUUUCAAUAGUGAUGUUAAACAACAACAGAAGAGUGAAACAUCUAGUUGUAUGAGUCAAACACCAACUGAUAAUGAUGCUGGUGAGGAUGGUUAUCGCUCUAAAUUGUCAGAUAACUAUCAGUCGGAUAGUCAGUCGUGCAUAAACAUAACAAAAACGCUGACAGCAUCCGAGGGACUUUCAGUUUAUAAAGACUUUAUUCAAUCAUCUGUUGACUCGAUCUCGUGUUUACCAUCUAUCAGUCCAAGUUCAUUGACUGAUCCAAUCUAUUCUCAAUCGUCUUGCUCUUCUUCCUGCGCAUAUAAUUCCAGAGUCACUACAACAACAUGUUCUAAUUUUCGUUUCGGUUCUGAAAAAUGUACAAAAAGCAUUACAGACUAUUGUCAUUUAGUUCCAAAGCGCCAUAGUUCCGGUUCUUCACCAAUUUCAACACCGCCUUCUGAAGAGAGUGGAUCUGACUCAGCUGCACUGAAGCCACCUUCACCAGACUACUGGACACCGAAAAACUCUUCACAUUACACUCAUAGGAUGAUAUAUACACCAUAUCAGUCUUACAGUCAUACAUUUCCUCCGGUGAUUGAAGACUUUCCUUCAUUGUCAUCUUUGCGUUCUGUGAUCAAUGCUGAGUCGUCAAAUAUCUCAACUAAGCAUAAUAAAGUGAAUGUAAAUCAUUGUGGAAAUGGCGAUCAAAAUCAUAGAAAUACUACUAAUACUGUCUCCACUAGUAACGAUAAUGGUGGCAGUAACAAUAAUACACUAACUAGUCAGUCUUCAUAUACUGUCAUAUCGAAUGCCGCUUCUUCAUGCCCAGGUGAAUCAUCCAUUUUGCCACAGAAUUGUCAGUCAACUUCUGAAGAACUUCGAGUAGAUGUUGGACUUCACUUGAAGGAUGAUGAAGAUGCUGAUAAUAGACGUAGUCACUUGGAUUCAAUUGGUAGUGUACACUUUGAGACAACUAUUAACUCGAAUCCAUCCAAUUGUAAUCGAAUGAUGAUAACAAAUUCAACUGUUGAUUCACAUUCAUCAUCAUUAUCUCGUACUAGUAGUACAACAAUAACUACUACUAAUACUACUACUUCUGCCAAUAAUAACAGCAAUAAUUUUUCAAUUUCACCACAUUAUUGGAUUUCACCUCAAGGUCCUAUACCUAUCCCCCCUUCAGCACUAUAUCCACCAUACAUGUUACCUUCGCCUGUGGUAAUAGAGAAUUCUCAGUCCAUACAACGACUACCUAUGAUAUAUCAGUGGACAGUUCAUCCAUGUAUACCAACUAAUGGUAUUAGUAAUAGUAAUAAUCCUGGCACCUCAUUUGUGCCCUACUUACCGUCUUAUGUCAAUAUUGUUACAAAUGAUAUUACAAAAUCCGAGAAAGUGAACCUUCCGGAGAUUGUCACCGCUAUAGGAUCACAUUCACCUCCACAGGAGUCGAAUGAUGACGAAGUGGAUGAGAUGAAAACGAAACUGUCAGUGCCUACAAUACAUUCUUCCACCAAUAUUACUGAUAACUCUAUAACUGUUAAUAAAAAUGAUAAUAAUAGUAAUAAUCACUAUAAUGUCUCUGCAACUGAUCUUCCUCUUGGAUCAUUUAUAGAUACUGUACGGUGUACAUCCACUUGUUUGGAAUUACAUCACAAUACAAUAACACCAUCAUCAACGAUUGGUAUAUUUACACAACCAUGCAUUUUAUUACCUUCCCUUUCUGCUGAUACUGCUGUCGAUGGGGGUAUUACUGUUGCAAAUCUUCCUCAACCUGUUUCUAAAACAUGUGUCAAUCUCCUGAAGCCUAGUUUAUGUAGAACCUCUGAUGAAACACAAAUAGCAUUAUGUUCAUUGACUCCACCUUCACUUUCAUCUAGUGUACAGACAAUUGCAACGAUAACCACAACAACAGGUUCUAUAAUUACGAAUAAUAAUAGUAAUAAUGAUUUUUAUACACUACAACUUAAUGCAGCCAUGAAAAGAUUGAAUGAUGAAUUGGAUUUAGCCGUUGUAAAUGAUACAAAAAUCCAAAUAUCAAAUGGUACAAUUGUUCAUUCCCUACCAAUUACUCCUAUUACCUCAGUUACUACAACAAUCGUUGCUGCUGGUGCUGCUACUACAAUUCCCAGGGAGUCUCAAAUACACUCCUCUGGCAGAUUCAUAUCUCAUGCAGUAAAUCGUGCUAGCCGUAGUAAUGUCUCUUCUACAGAAGAACCUUUAACAGAUCCGGUGGUCACUUCUGUUGAGAGCAAUGAGUUUUUAGAUUCUGUCAACUGUACGAGAUCAUCUGGUCAAGGAUUGUCUGCUAACGAGACGUUUUUUAAUUCGACUUGGUUUUAUCCACGUUUUAUUACUCGACCUGAUUCUUCAAACCCUUCGGUUUGCAACACUUCUAUAACUCAACUCAAUUAUCCUACUCGUGGUUAUUCACCUAUGACUACUUUCAAUAAUCCAAUUCUAUCACGUGGUUAUGUCCAACCACAGAUUGCCAAUACAUUUUAUUGUGCACAACACUCAGGUUUAACAUUAAUUCCAACUCCUGUAACCAGUCAUUCAUCAUUUAUUAGUUCUAUUCCCAAUCCUAGUAUGCAUUUUCAACACCCACCGCCUAUAUUUGGUUUUAUUCCUAAUCCACCGACGUCAAAUAUAUCAGUGGAUAGUUAUCGUGGAAUUCCUACUGUUUCUUCAAACUCUGUUAAAUCGAACAUUUGUUCAAUAACACAAUCUUCUACUGCAUCUUUAGAUCCUAUGUCAACAACAGCCUUAUUAACGAAUAAUUUAUUUCACGUACAAAGUCUUCCUUUACUACAUAAUCUUGUGUUACAUCCACCUUUGCAUCCAGCCUUCCCUCCUCCAUUGCCUAAUGUAGCUAAUAACUCUAAUAAUAUGCCAAGUAUGACAAUCUCUUCAUUGUCAACAAUGAAUGGUCCUAGGAUAUUAAGUUGUUACAAUUGUGGUCAACCUGGUCAUAAAGCUAAUACUUGCCCUUCAAGAUGGUCUAGUCAACAAUUAUCAGAAAAUGGAUUCUCGUUAAAUUAUGCUCCAAGGAAAUAA